AUGUUUCGCCCGGCCGGUGGGGCGGCCGGCGUUGGGGAGGACCUCCACGACAGCCUGACCAAGCUCAGCCUCUCCCCCUGCAAGGAUGUCCUGACCCCCAUCAGCCUGAAGGACCCGGAGCCGGAUGCGGCCGGUCGUGCGCCCUCCUUCCCCCCGCUGGGCCCGGUGUCGGUCGAGGCCCUCCUCGAGGCGGCCCCCCUCGAGACGCUCACCACCCCGGAGGAGGAUCGCGCCAUGGCCCAGCUGAAGGAGCAGUUCGCCGACCUGCUGCAGGGUGCGCACUUCCCGGUGUCGGACCACACCAUCGUGCGCUUCCUGCGCGCGCGCGACCUGGACAUCGACGCCGCGGCCGAGAUGCUCAAGAAUAACAUGGCCUUCCGCAAGGAGCGCAACCUCGACCACCUGUCCGACUUCGAGUGCCACACGCCCUCCCGCGGCUACACCCGGAUGCCGGACAACAACGGCGAGAACUCGCCCGCCUCCACCCGGGCCAUCCUCGAGAACAACACCCUGUCGGCGCACUUCUCCACCCGCGCCGGGCAGCCGAUGCUCAUCUUCGCCCCCGGGCGCACCAAUGUCCCGGGCACGCUGCAAGCGGCCAACAUCGAGCAGACCUGCGAGUUUGUCUCGGUCAUGGGCGGCCUGUGCACCUGUCGCAUGCGCGGCGGGUGUCUCUCGCCCCUGUACGACCCGUCCUACCAGUUCGACCGCUUCGACAUCCACGACUUCUGGCGUCUGUCGGUCUACUCGGCCACGUCGGAGUUCAUCCCGAUCGCCGUGACGGCCGACGAGCUGGCCCGGUACCAGCUGCCGGAGCACCGCCGCCGGGAAGAUGGCAAGCUUGUCGUGCACUUUAUCUACAAGAUGCCCGAGGGCCUGCACUUCCGCCUGCAAUUCUGCCCCGAGUUCGAUGCCAAUGUGGCCGCGGCCUUCGACGGCGGCUGCACCAAGACCAUGCGCCCCUCCGCCGGCGGCCACCCCUUCACCCCGGUCGACAUGGAGCCCCUGCCGGAGGCCAUGCACACCAAGCUCACCACCGAGGCCGACCCGCUGGUCACCCACGCCGGCACCUGGUUCUCCGGCCAGUUCACCGCCACCCAGCCCGGGCUCUACCUCCUCUCCUGGACCAACCCCAGCUCCUGGUUCCCGAUCAAGGUCAGUUGCCGACUGUCCGAGUGA